AUAUCCCCGGCGUUUCAACGCUCCGUUUUGGGAAGAAGGCGUUUUUGUGGGAAAUGAAUUGUUCGUACCCGCAUGUCCUUCAACUAAAGGUUGGGUCAAUGCGGAAGGAUAAAGUUGCCGUCUCGUCCAUGCCAAGCGCUCCAUCCAGCACGACACCAGAUAUUUCCGAAAUUUAUGUAGUCAAAGUCGCGGCACCCGUGCAGAACUCAACGUAAUAGGUAACAGCGCUCGGUGUCUUGAAGAGGAAUCAACGAGGGAAGACCCUUGUCGCAGAUCUCGGAGACCAUGACGAUCAAGAGAGCUAGACGCCUGGAUGGAGUCGUUGAGAUUGACCUCGCCACGUUUUCAAGUCACGAUGGCGUUAACAGGGUCCGACGCGUUACAAAGAUUCCUUACGGCCAACGGGCCCUAAGCGUGCGCGGUCCUGAAAUAGACAUGUUGUUCGUCCCUUGGCUCGACAUAGCUUUGUCGGCCAAACCACGAUGGGAUGGCAGAGGCCAUGGGCCGUGGGUCGUGAGCAUUGGUAGUCAUCUGAGACCCGUGAGCGCGGUGGCUUGGCCGAAGCAGAGCCUAAACUUGAAUGCAGAGCAACGCACCGUCGAUUUGAGAAAGAGCAGCCAACUCCACAAGGGCCGAGGAAGGGGACAUGAUGGCAGCACAUCACUCCAAGUGCCUCCCGGCAAGCCACUGACCGUUUAUGCGCUGGUGCGAACUUUGGGGAAGGAAUCAAGCGACGCACAGCCAGGCCAGUGUGUUGGCUGUACGUCGCGACGUCCAUCAAGGAUGGGCGGGCGUCCAUGUGUGCUGCUUGUGGCGUGGCUGUUGGCCCAUCCAAGAACAGCGUAGGUUGGAUGCAAACUCGCAAACUGCUUGAUGGCAUGAGGCGUCGAUGAGGCCUACAAGCGUCUUGGAGGGAGCAUUAUCAUGAUUGGUCGAGAAGCGGGAUGAGGUCAGUCCUCGAGGGCACGGCGUUGGUUGUGUGACUC